AUGUCAGCCUAUAUUGGUAAACUUAGGAAUAUCACCAAAGAAAUUUGCAAACAGAUUUAUGCAAAAGACAAAAAACAACUGACCACAUUGAAGAGUAAGGUGCAAAUAAAGAGGCAAGAACAAGAUUCCAAAAACAAGGCAAGAGAAAAUGAGAUGACAGAGCGUUUUAAUGCUCUUAAAGAACAGUUUUCUGAAUGGCUUUUGCCUUUGCAAAAUAAGCUUGAGUUGAACUCAGUUAAAGGUGCCUUGAAAACGUUUGUGGAAUUCUCUGAAGAUGUCCCAGAGGAGAUAUAUGAAUCAUCGGAGCUUGAUCUUUGCCUGGAAAAAUUAGAUGACUCUCAUAAGAUACUCAACUGCAAUGAAUUCAGUGAACUAAUCCUGAAUUAUACAGUCAACAUGGAUAAACCUACUUUUAAUUUAUUUCUUUCGCACCUGAACAGGUGCGCUGGUGCCUAUCAAUACUCAGUUAAUUCAGAACAAAGACGUACAGUUUUGAUAAAUUUGUUUGUGGCUUGUGAUCAAAGCCAGCUGGGUGUGUUGGAUCGUCAUCGUGUGUUAGGUUUGUUGGAGGAGUUCUGGGAAGACACCACCGAAGAAAUGAGAGCUAUCCUCAACCAUCCAAAGAGAUAUGUUCUCUCCUUCUUUUUCUCUAAGGUAUUUUUUCUCUCUGUCUCUUUCUCUUUCCACUUUUUCUCUCUGUCCCUUUCUUUCCACUUUUUCUGUCUGCCUUUCUCUUCCCAACCUUUUCCCUUGGCCUCUCUCUUCCCAACCUUUUCCCUCGGCCUCUCUCUGUUUUCUCAUGCCCUUUCUGUUUUUUCACUCUCACUUUUUCUGUGUUUCUUCUUUUGCCUCCAUUUCUUCCAUCUUUCACUUUUAUGCCUUUUAGAUGGUUUGACUCUUCAUUUUUUCUUUUUUCUCCUUUCUCUAUUUUUACCACAUCUUCUUUUUUGCACCCCCUGUAUUUUGCUGUUUCUUCUUUGCCUUACCAUAUUUUAUUUUUCCUCUCCCACCCAUAUUUUCCCGUCUCCUCUUUGUUAUCCCCCACUGACGUAUUUUCCUUCUUCAGUUUGUCAGAAAGUGCAUUUACUUUUCCCCUUUUUUGCUCAUCUUGUAUUUGUCCCCCACCUCUGUCUUUUGGCCCUAGUUCUUUCCUUAAUCUCUACUUCCUUUUUUUUUCUUUCUUUCUUUUUGCACUCUGCUUGGGUUGAUUUCAUUUCUCUUCUCUUGUGUUUAUUUUUUCUUCUUGCUUUUCUCUUUAUUAUUUUACUUUUUUAUUUCUCUCUUGUCUUUGCAUUAUUUCAUUUGUUCCUUUCUUUCUAUUUUCAUCAAUCACAUUAUUGUUCUCUCUUUUUUAUUACCUGUUGUCUAUCAAUUAAAUUCACGUCUAUUUUUCAUGUGGUUGCUGCAAAUACUGUAAUUCCACCUUUUUUCUUAGUUUCUGGAGCCUAUCCGCAUAUAAUGACUUUCAGAUAA